AUUUUUAAUGUCAAAACACUCUGAAAAGAAAAGUAAAGCAGUUGAAAAUCGAUAUGAUCAUUCUUAACCGUACUAUCAAUCAUAUAUUCCUACUCCAUAUGUAGCUGCAACAUAUGAAUAACCAAUAGUGGUUGUACCAAAUAUUUAAGGAACAUAAAUAAUAACAGCAGAGCCUACAAUAAUAAGAGAGAGAAGAGUAGUAUAAGGAGAAUCAUAAUUAAUAAAAUAAGAUCAUUUAAUAUAAGAAUAGAAUUGUUGUAUGCCUUGUAUGCCUUGUGUACCAUGUUGUGAUAAGGAAUAAAAGGUUGUUACAAGAUAAGUAGUUUUGAAAGGUAAAGUUAAUGAUUAAUUGUUAGAGAAGUAGCCGAUAGUAUAGAAUAGAAAUGAGGAUUAUGAGAAGAAAUUGGAUGAGAUAGAGAAAUUACACAUUCAAGAAAUUAAAGAGAUGGAAUUAAAGAUGUACUAACAAAUAGAACAAUUAUAGAAUUAAAAGUUAUAGGAGGAAUAACAACGUUAAAUAUUAGAUUUAAAACAAUCUUUGUUAGAUAUAAAGAAUCAAUUGACUUAGAGAAAUUAAUAGAGUUAACAAUAAUAAUAAUAAACUUAAAUGAUUAAUCCAUAUUAAGUGGAGAGAUUAGAAAAUCAAUUGGAGAAAAAGAAAAAAAGGAUUAAGGAAUUAAAAUAGGUGAUAAAUAGUAUGGAAAUAUAAAUAUAAUAAAUGAGUAAUUAAAUCUAAGAUUUGGAUCUAAGAUUAAGAUAACCUAUACCAUAAUCAGUAGUACAUGUUCCAGUACCAUAAGAGAAUUAUGAAUUAAUUAAUUAAGUAAGAUAUAUGGAAUAAGAACGUAAUGCUUUAUUAAGAGAAAUUGAUUCACUCAAAUUUACUAAUUCAGAACUAUCAUCAUUAUCUUUCAGAUAGGAUCCUGAGAAAAUCAGAUUAUAAUAGGAUUAUACUAGGAUGGUUAAUGAUUUUAGAUUUAUAGAGUAAGAGAAUAUUAAGAUGGCUACAAUAAUAGGAUAAAAAGAUGAAUUGAUUAAAUCAUUAGAGUAGAGAAUUAGUGUAGAAUUAUCGAGAUAAUCUAUAUUAUUAUAAUAAUAAUCUCCUUAAAGAGUUGUUCUUGAAUAGACUACUACAACUCGUCCAAUAUAAACAUAAUAUGUAAUCGAUUCAUCAUAGUAAUAUCUUCCAUAACCUAUACAUAAAUAAUAUAUUAUUCAAGAUUAACCUACAUAAACUGUUUAACCAACACUUUUAUAAUAAUAAUAAUAAACACUUCCAAAUGUUAAAAUAAUAUCCUGA